AUGUCUAGAAAUGAUAAGAGUAGAAGCAGAGCUUAUUUACAUAGCGAUUUUAAAAGGAUUAACGAAUGUAAAAAUACAUUACAAUAUUUCAGUAUAGGACUCAUAGAUGAUAAUUUAUUUGAGUGGGAAGUUGUUUUAUUUGGUCCUAAAGAUUCUUUACAUGAAUCAGCAAUAUAUAGAGCUAAAAUGUCUUUCCCUUCAAACUAUCCUGAUGCACCACCUUCAUUUAAAUUUACUUCUAAAAUGUGGCAUCCAAAUAUCUCAGCUGAUGGUACUGUUUGUAUUAGUAUUCUUCACAAAGCUGGUAAUGAUGAAUUUGGUUAUGAAUCAAUUGAUGAGAGAUGGUUGCCUGUUAGAACACCAGAAACAGUUAUUUUGAGUAUUAUUUCGUUGUUACAUGAGCCUAAUCCUGAUAGUCCUGCUAACAUUGAAGCGGCUAAUGAAUACAGAAACAAUAUUAAACUUUAUAGUAGAAAAGUUAGAAAGUUAGCUGAAGAGACACUUGAUGAAGAUAAUUAA